AUGUCCAUCGAAAAAUUGAAUAAUCUUGAUAAUUUUAUAUUAAAGACUGAAAGUAAAAAUCUAACUUGGACCGUGGCACUCAUGUGGACUUUUGAGAAAUCAAUCGACGUGAAUUCAUUAACGGAUCUAUUUCAAAAUCUAGUGGAAGAGUUUCCUCGGUUUAAAAGCCGACCAGUUGGAGAUCAUUUUUGGUGGACGCAUUCCUGGGAAAAAAUUAAAGAUUUUAAUGUUUCUGAUUGUAUAGAGGCAUAUACACUUCCAUUACCGGGAUCAAAAGAUGAAUUAGAAGCUUACUUUGGAAAGGUAAUUGAGGAACGGUUUGAUCUGUCUCGCGCAUUAUGGCGUUGUUAUGUCGUAUAUGGAUUGGAUGGUGGCCAAGGAUCAGCUGUUAUCAUCAAAGCUCAUCAUUGUAUUACAGAUGGAGAAGGCUUUAUGCGUGCUGCUUUGUUAGCAUCCUUAGGAUGGGAGAAACUGGAACAAGCAUUUAAAAUUAUGCGUGAUCGUCUUAAUACACCCAAACCAAAACCAAGUGAACUGCCAAUCCUCCGUCUCUCUUUUAUCCGACCACAUGUUAACCGAAUACCAUCAGGCCUGAUUGAUACAUACCUUUUUUUAUUGCAGAUAUUUUCUAUAUUCACUUGGAUUAUUGCUGGCUUUGUUAAUUCACUGAAAUUGACUGCAUUGCUACUUUUUACGAGUCGCAAGAACUUUAGAUGUGAUCUUAAUACACAUCAAGAGAGUUCAACCAGGACUAAAAGAAUAAGUUGGUCGGAUGAAAUCAGCAUAGAUGAUAUCCGAAUACCUCGCAAGGCGUUCAAUGCCUCUUUGAAUGAUGUGAUGGUAGCCACUGUAAUCCGAGCUAUUCGUAAAUACCUCGUUGAAAUCAAUCGCAUCAAAGAUAAUGACAUCGUAUUAUUCAUACCGCUUUCAAUGCGCAAGGUCAACGAUUUCCGAUGUGAAAAUAUAGUUUCGGGAGCAUUCACACCAUUCCCAUUUGUCGAUUUAACUACGAAGCAGCUUAUUAAAGCGGUACACAAAAAAAUGAGUCUUGUAAAGUGCAGUAUUUUUCCUGUACUAAUUCAUGCUAUUGGUGAGAAAUUAAUCGUGCCGGGUUUGACCAGUAAAACUUUUAAUGAUUGGUUGACGAGUUGGGGACAUGGUGUUUUAACUAAUGUUCCGGGGCCUGCAAUACCAAUCACCGUCGCUGGACAAACUGUUCAACGAUUUUUUGCGCUGCCGCCUCAAAAUACGUAUGGAAGUCUCGGGAUGGGUAUACUCAGUUAUAACAACAAACUGAGUUUUUGCGUGUUAACAGAUGAUUUGAUCGAGUAUCCACUCUUGGCAAGACGAGUAAGCAAGUUAUUUAAUGAGGAAUUCAACAGGAUCGUGGCUGAUGCUAAAAUUGAACUUGAGCGAAUUGAGAAGGGUAUUAUCGAUGAAGAUGAAGACAAGGAUGAUAAAAUAGAAUUAUUAAAAAUUGCAGGAAUUUUAGUCUUAGCCUUUG